AACUGUAAGCUUCUUCAGCCGAUCAACCUGGCCAAUCAGUACAGUUAUUUGUUUUUCUAAUGCUAUCAGAAUCUCCCAAUCCGCUCAUGCCAUGUGCUCUAAUAUGGCGUGUAAAUUUUUCUGAUCCGGUUCAAUCUUGAAAAAAAUUAUGAGUCCCGUUUAACUUAACCGCUCACGCGCCCCGCCUCCCUCGAUUGGCUUCUUUGAAUGAAGAAAGCGAGGGACUUGCUUAAAACCCUUGGCAGUUGCAGAAUCCGCCGAAGUUCGAACCUUGUAGCUCUCGACCGCAUGGAGGAUUCAUCAAAUCGUUAUUCUUACGACCCAACUCUUCAAUGGAACCCUCAAGUUCAUGACUACUUCGUCAAAGCUUAUGGCGCCGACCACUUCUCUCGCAUCUCUAAAUCUUUAACGCGUCCCUCUGGCUACUCUUGUGUUCGUGUAAAUACGCUCAGGUCUACAAGUGAUGAAGUUAUUGCGAAGCUGCAAGCAGUAAUGAAUAAAUCGGGAUCUGAGAAUGAUUUGGACUCAAAGCGUUGUUCAAGUGAAGCCAAUAAUAUCCGGGAUUUAGAAUUCAGCGGAAAUAUAGCUCUGGGACAAAGUGAAGAUAAGGCUAAUCCUUCGAAGGCGUGUUCCCGGGCUGCUCCAGUUUCGAAGUGUCACAUUCCUGGCCUAGAUUAUGUCGUAUUUGUUCAGGGUUCAGGACCGCACAAAAUCAAUUAUGAUUUUGCACAUGAUAGACCUCCCAAGGAGGUCCUUGUUAGCAGGAAAUGUGCCGAAGCAGUUCUUCGCGGUGCUCAGGUAUAUGUUCCUGGUGUAAUGGCUUGCAGUGCUCAUGUUGAAACAGGAGAUACAGUUGCGGUCUCAGUUGCUGUGGAGCAGCCAGGUGUCAGUGGGGGAUGGGGUAUUGGUAUGACACGUGGUACUGUACUACAAGGGUCACAAACUGAUCCUUAUUAUUCUGAACGAAGUGGGCUCUAUAUUGGCCAAGGAACAACAAUGAUGUCAAGGGCUGGAAUGUUUCGUGUUUCUAAAGGAGUGGCUUUGGAUAUGAGGGACAGAGUAUAUGAACUUCCUUCUUUUCAUAAUGUGCUUGAGGGAGACAUAUUUCUUCAAAACCUGCCAAGUAUUGUUACUGCCCAUGCUUUAGAUCCACAAAAGGGAGAGCGUAUACUAGACAUGUGUGCUGCACCAGGGGGGAAAACAACUGCAAUUGCAAUACUUAUGAAGGAUGAAGGAGAGAUCAUUGCAGCUGAUAGAUCUCAUAACAAGGUGAUGGAUAUUCAGAAAUUGGCAGCGGAAAUGGGAUUGAGUUGCAUAAAGACCUAUAAAUUAGAUGCUCUUAAAGCUGUUUGUCAAAGAAAUGAACCAGAUAAUUUGAGCGGUUCAUAUUGUGGUAAUGCUGACAAUGGUGUGACAGAUCAAGUUUCUGAUUCAUCAAUUUUAAAUGAAGAAAGAAUGUCAUCUAUUGGUAUAAAUAGGUUAAAUAUUGAGAAGACUAUGGAGGAAAAUGCAGUUGAUCACAUUGAAGAGGAAAACAAAGGAACAUAUGUUAGCAAAGCUGAAAUCCGGAAGAGUAUGCGGAGAGAGCGAAAUGGACCCGGAAGAAAUCAAUGCCUGGGUGGUAGGGUUGAGAAGUCAAAAGGUUUUCCUCCUAACAGUUUUGAUAAAGUUCUUCUUGAUGCUCCUUGUUCUGCCCUUGGUUUAAGGCCUCGAUUAUUUGCUGGAGAGGAAACUAUUGAAUCCUUACGAACACACGCAAAAUACCAAAGGAGAAUGUUUGACCAGGCUGUUCAAUUAGCUCGUGCUGGUGGAGUAAUUGUAUAUUCCACUUGUACAAUAAAUCCCGGUGAGAAUGAAGCAUUGGUACGGUAUGCUUUGGACACAUACAAGUAUCUGUCAUUGGCCCACAGGUUUGAAACGAUAUAUGCACCUUUUCAAUUUCCCUUCAACUUCCUGUAAAUGAUAAGGGUUCUUGAAGCCUAAAGCUGAGUUAUCAAUCUUAAAAAUUGAUUGAUAUACGGAAAUAUCUUUCUUUAAAAAUUGAAUGGUAUAUAAUUAAGUGAAGGGUGAUGUCUCUUGAAUAUGCUAGGCAUCUGUAAUAAUUUUCUCUGUAUAGUCUUGUCUUGUAAAUAAAAAGGUAUUCAUGAUCAAAUAGAUUAGGUCAAUCAUUUUUUUAAUGGUCAGAUUUAACUCUCAUAUUUAGUUUGCCUCAGCAUAAUUUCAUAUCACUUGAUAUUCAUAUUUUAUAUGAUUCACACCAGAACCCUAGAGUUGGAGGACCUGGACUACUUGGUCGUUGCGACUUUCCUGAUGGAUAUGUAGAGGAGUGGUUAAGACCUGGUGAGGAAGAACUUGUGCAGAGGUUUGAUCCAUCAUCUCCGCUUGAUACAAUUGGGUUUUUCAUUGCUAAAUUUAUUGUUGGAUCUAAAGAUACCAUGUGACUUUGAGUGUUAGCCUGGGAAAGCUGGGUCUCUCUCUUAGUUCAGAAUUACCACUGCUUUGGCAAUCUCUCAAUUUUGAUGCUAUGGGAAUACAUCUGCUCUGGAACUGUAAUGAAGGAGAUGCAGUGAGAAGAGAGACAAGGGUGAGACUGAGACUCUCUUCUCAAAGGGUCCCACCCCUCAUGUUUUUCUCUCUCCACUAGAUCCACUGAAUCCUUUAUUAUUGGAGAAAAAUCAGGUUUCUCUUCGGUGGAUUCGGCCCUUUUUUUAAUUACAAGACUCGGUUGAAGUUUUUCAAAGUGUUUGCCAACAGAUUCUUCAGCAAGAGUUUGACCUGUAAAGCAAACAUGAAGGAAUUGUUUGCACAACCAAAUCAUGUUAUCUUGAGUUCUCAAAAAAAUAUUCACUUGUAAUAUUCUUAUCGGAGCAUUUAGUAGCAAAUAUUGAAAAAUAUUGACUAAUAAGUUCUGUCAUUUUUGUAUUCGACUAAGACAAUGGAGAGCACACUAGUGCACAUCCUGUGAUAUUGAUCCAAGAAAUCAUGACAGCUACUAUAUUUAUAACGCA